GGACAACGUGCAUAAAUUCCAAUCCAUCAAUAUCUAAAGCUUCUAAACAUGUUCGCCAAAGCUAUCUCCACCACUUACUUGAUGGUCUUCGUCCUUGCUUGCUCCUGUCUAUUGACAUCUGCAAGUCCCUUACCCGAAUCCAACAAUAAUGCAGUUGCUCGCGAAAAUAUUGAAGUAGAAGUGGAUGCCCGCGUCUGCCGCUUCGGAUGCGACUGAGUUUAAGAGGUCCUCAUCCAGCUACCCUAUUGCCUUGAUCUAUGUCGUGACCCCCUUUAUCCUCUACUAAUAUCAGUAGUAUCAUCAUCUACCUUUUCGUCGUAUGUAGCCAUCCCGACCUGUUAGACACUAUCCUACCUUACCUCAUUCGCUUUCGUUACUUAAGUUGAUUUAUUUGCUUUGUUUUGGUACAUUGGAUACCAAGGUGUAAUUUAUAGUAUCUCAGAAUUACUCGUGAUUUGAUUC